UCGCAAUAAAAAAUUAUUGGACUAUACGAUUAUAUUAGUUAAAUGUUUCAUAAACAAUCUUUAAAGUUCUCUCAGGCUUACGAUUUACUAUUUACGCAUUACAACCGAAUAGAACUGGAUAUAGAUGAAGAUAACGUAUUGCAUUAAAUGUACAAUAUCACUCUACUGUGCGGAAAUUCUUUGAUGACGAUUUGUGGAUAGUACGUAUACAUUGUUAACAAUAUGACGAAAACUUAUUCGCACGUUGUGUUUGUGUGUUGUUUUGUUUGUUUCAUCAUUUACACAGUAGAUUGUCAAACUUUGAAUGAAAAACUUGCGUUGCUUUUAAAUAGGAAUGAUUUGAUUUGUCCUGCGGAGUGUCAGUACACUGCUGUACAUCCGUAUUUUGAGGACGAUAUGGAAUGCUGUGUGUGUUUUGCCCAACCAUACUGGAUGUUAAAUACCUCUAAUGUUGGAUUGCUUAGCAUUUCUUUUCUACAGGAUGAUACACCAUCUAUCAUUUAUAAGAACGGAAGCAAUUUUGGUUUGUAUAAUGUUUCUUACCAAUACGGGAACCUUACAUUCAUACCAAAUGAUUCGUGUAAUAUCAGUGGAAUAGUCUAUAUUGAUUUUUCUUACAAUUCUAUUUCGGAUCUUGCUACGAUAUCGUGUAUAAGUACAUUAGAUACUCUUAUCCUUAAAGGCAACAGUGUGAAAUAUUUGAAAAACAAUGUAUUCAGUGGAAUGCGUUAUUUAAGAGUCGUGGAUUUAUCUUACAACAAAUUGAGAACCAUUCAGCCAGAACUACUCCUUCAUAUAGAUGGAAGUUUGUUACAUUUUGAUGUUUCGAAUAAUCUUAUGGAAAACAUAGAUAUAACCAAUAUCAUAUGGGAUAAACAGGAUUACUUUUGUGUGGCCAAUUUCUCCCAUAAUAUAAUAAAACAUAUGACAAACCUUAAAGGCUGGAGCUGUGAUAUACAUUCCGAUCUGGGACGUGGUGGAUACGUUGAUUUCACAUACAAUAAUUUUACUAUUUUUUUAAAUAUUGCUGAAAUGGGGUUUUAUGACAUAAACUUGUUAGGGAAGUUGUAUUUUUAUAGCUUUGAUUUUCGAUUCAAUCUUUGGUUUUGUGAUUGUCGAUUUUUUCCAUUGACUAGUAAAUCCAAUAUUGCAAAUCAAAUAUUAGGAUCGGCCCAUCAUGGUUUAAAAUGUUAUUCACCGUCUGAAUUUCACAACAAGUCAGUAAGUGAUUUUGUAAAAGAGCAAGAUAAGUUAAUUUGCAACAUUUCAUUUGCCGAUAAAUGUCCUCCUAACUGUCGCUGUUUUUAUCAACCAAGCAAAAACAGAACGGUGGUUAAUUGUCGUUCCUCGUUGGUUUCACGCAAAUUACCAUUAGUGUUACCAGACUAUGACAACUUAGUUAUUGACUUUUCGUCAAAUCGUAUUUCUGAUUUAAAAGCAGAGUUCCAGCGCCUACUCUCUGAAGAAAGAACGUAUUUAGUGAGAGUAAAGGAAAUCAGUUUUGCCUCAAAUGCCUUACAAGAUGUUCCCAACAUUGUAUUUGUUACCUUUAAAAAUGCAACGAUGAUCAAUUUAACAAGCAAUCCUAUAAAUAUACUUUCGGAAUCACUUAAAUUGAUUCGACCACGUGCUGUCUCAUUCGGAAGAGUUGACUUAAAAUGUGUCUGUAAGGAUAUUUGGUUGCAAAAUUGGCUGCUGUCAGCUGGACGUUUUUAUAAUAAUACUCAGAUAAUGUGCCACACGUCUUCUGGUGUAAAAUCUAUUCUUGAAAUUGAUAAAGAUAUAUUGGAAUGUGAAAAUGAGAGCGUCGUCACCAGAUGGAUAACGUUUAGUCUUGGAAUUAGCCUGUUUUGUAUAAUAGUUUCUUUUUUUGUUAUUUAUAAUUUUAGGAUAGAUGUAUACAUACUAUUCAGGGAACAUGCUCGACUAUUUAGAAAAACAACAAACCCACUGUCCUUUGAAUAUGAAGUCUAUAUAUCAUGUAAUGAACAAGAUGAAAAUCUACGGCAUUGGAUUACUAAUAUAUUGUUACCUUAUCUCCAAGAAAGGAGAAUUAACGUUUUUCUUCCAUAUCGUGACUGUCUACCUGGGACACCACGAGAAGAUGACAUUAGGGAAAAAAUGUCAAAAAGCAGAAAUGUAUUGAUUAUUUUGAGUGAGGUAUAUGAUGAUAUAUCUAAACGUUGGUUGGCGUGUGAACUUCGAUACUCAAGAUUGAACUACCGUUAUGACUGGCGAAAGAAUAUUGUAAUUUUGAACUACGACUUCCUUAAAACGAAAGAAAUACCAGAUGAUUUCAUACAAGCAUUUGUCAGACUUGGAAAAUGUGUUGACUUCUCAAACUACCAGAAGGACAUCAAAGUUGAGAUUUAUUCAUUAUUAUAUCACUAGCCAGUAUAUAUUAAUUGUAAUUCACAAACAGACAAUAUUCGUUUAAGAGGGGUUAUCUUUGUAAUUGGUCUGGGAAAUGGGUAAUAUAAUAAUAAAAAAAAAUGUCUGAUUAAUGUUCAUAAAUAAGACAGUUCACGAAUCUUUGCAUUUGCAAAGUGUACGUGAUGACCUAAAGGUUUUUAAUAAAAACACAUCCAAAAAAUUAUAAGAUUGAUAGUUUGGACGCCAGAUAUUUGUCAAAUGAAAAAGACACACAGUAUUAUAACUGUAUUUACUAGCACUGUGUAAAUGCUACUGCUUGUAGACCAUUUCUUCAGAGAUUAUCGCCAGCUCAGUAGUCAGUGUUUCUGUACUGAUAUGGAGAACAGCAAUUUAUAUACUUUUUUUUAUAAAUUUAUAAAUAAGAAUGUGAAUUUUGCAAUUCUGUUGAGAUCACUUGGUAAUACCCCGGUACAACUCCCAACUUUUCCGCAUUUUUACGCAUCCUUAGCUUUCUAAUAUUUAUUUAUAAGUGUUUAAGUCAAGAUUACUGCAGAUAUGCGCUUCAGAAAUAUGGUUUGGAUUCAAAACGAAAAUGGUUGUCGAUACUCUUAGUGCCAACCAGAACUCCUCGGCCUUUCUCGCUACACGAAGCUAUUUUACAGCGUAGCGACACUGGCCGAGUUGAUGAAAUCGUUGUUAGUACAUGUUCAUAUGUUAUAAAUUUAAUUUGAACCAGGAAGAGCAACUGUACUUCUUCAUAUAUAGAACAGAGUUGGAUGACAUCCAAAUAGAAUUAAACUGAAUUGAUAUGAUUAAUUUAACACAGAUAUGUAAUUACUCUUUGGAUUAUUUCACACAGCAAAUAUAUAUUAACCGAGUUAUACUAUGUUGAUUUAAAACGCAAUUGGUGCACUUAAUUGAAUCAUGUACGCAAAUGAUAGAAUGUUAUUUAAAGUCAUAUGCAACUAGUGACUGGUAAAAAAUAAUGUUUACCCAAUUCUUGAACCAAUGCAUGUUUAUAUCAUAAACUUAGUCUUCUGUGUACGAUUUGAUCUUUUUUACCCAUCUUAUCGUAUAAUCGGGAAGUUUUUUCGUUGUUUUUUUUUUUUUUAUCUCGGCCUGUUUUUUUGUGAAAUUAUGGCAUUUGAAUAAUUGUCGGUGUUUUAAAGCCGUAGAUGGACCGAUUGUAACCUAAGUAAACAAUCAACAAACAGAUAGUGAGUACGUGAAUAACAUGUACCAUAAGAUAAUAUUGCAUCUUAAUGGAAGAUCAAUGCAUUUUGUGAUCUCCGGAUUUUUACGAGAAAUGUCAAGCUGAGUUCACUGCAUACGGAAAAUAUAUCGGCGAAUUGUUUACUUGAAGCAAAUAAUUAAGAAAGAGUAAAUUUCUUUUAAAGUUGGACACAUUAUAUAUUUUUGUUAAGAAGAAAAAGUAUAUGUA